GCUACCCCUCUGAUACAUAAAAAUCCCAACAGAAUGAUCAUUUACACAUUAUGGAGGACUGGUGCGAUUAUAAAAUCGGUCUGAUGUACUUCUGCUUGAUAUACUAAAUUUAUGCAAAAUAAGGCCAAGAUGUCAUACUCAUUGAUAUCUUUGGCACCCCAAGUUGCUAAAGCAUAAUAACCAAAUGCAUAUCUUGAAAAUGAAACUAUAGUACUUGGGUCAAUAGUGGGUUAGUAGAAUUUAAUUUUCUAUAAGAUAUAAGAAAAACAUUGAACAUUCAGAUCAUCAGCCGAUGAGAGAUGCAUGGCAUGGAACUUACAGUAGAAAAGGAAUAUUCAUUAUUCCUAUAAAAAGAAUGUUAAAAAAUGUUGACAGUAUUGAUCUGAUCAAAAAUAUACAAGAAGAAAACCCCCAAAGUAACCGUCUCCCACAUACAUACACAAAAUCAACCAACCUUAGACACAAAAGAAUUCUUGGAUUUCAAUUAUUUAUUUGAAAUUUCUACCUGAUUUUUGGACUUCGUUGAUCUCUUUAGCACAGUUGAUAAAUUACCUUUUGUUUUUUUUUAGUGUGCAUGGAAGAAGAAUCAUUUCUCGAGGAGCAGGACAAUAGUGAAGUGCAGCGAUGCUAAUAUACAUCAGAAAACCAUACACUUUUUCAUCACCACUUUGUAAACAAUGGUUAGAACUGUCAACAAGGUGACACUUUGGCACAGUCAGGGAACUUGACACCUAACGAUUUGUUGCCACCCGGCAUUUGGGCAGAUGGUUUCAUUCCCUUUGAGCCUCCCACUUUUCAAACCGCUCGCAGCUUCCUCCGUGCAAGGACUUUUAACAUAAAUAUUCUCAUGGCAAUAUUUUUAUGAGCGUGCGCACGCGCAUACACUCACAUCUUAAUCAUAAACCAUACACCCAAAACACCACUGGAAACCUCCUCGCUUCUCUUCUUCCACCAUCUAAGGAGACAGUAUUGGGACUAAGAGUUGGUGGGCUUCCUGCCUGGUCUCUUGAAGGAUUAAUCCCAGGGGUUUCUCACUGAUCAGCCCUGAUGAAUAUUAAGCGAGGUGGAAGAAAAGAACAGUGUUAAUUCAUAUUCUUUAACUCAUAAAAAUAUCGUAAGGACUAAUUAUGUUGCCUACAUGGAUACACCACAAGUAACUGCUAAUGUGGGAAUUCCUGUCAUCAUCAUUCUUCCCCCUAGCUUCCGCCUACCGCGCCAUCCCGCUUUAUUUCUACAGAUGUAUGUGUCUGGUUUUUUAAUACAGUGUUUGUAUAAGCACAUUCUUAAAUGUAUUAUAGGGGAAAGUCCUCUGCUUUUGUACAACUGAAGCGCAAGUUAGUGGGAAAACUUUAGUCGCCAAGUAUCAGAGGGGUAGCCGUGUUAGUCUGAAUCUGUAAAAAGCAACAGAGGGUCCUGUGGCACCUUAGUCUUAAAGAUGCCACAGGACUCUCUGUUGCUUUUUAGUCGCCAAGUUUGCUAGAGAACGGAGCAAUGUGUUUGCACAUGUGUAAUUGACAGAUUGUUCAUUUCUUGUCGGAAUGUCCUACUGAGUCCAUGCAGGGGACACUAUGACACUGGUGUCCCCAGGGAUCAGAGGAUUGGUCAGGGAAGAUGCUGAUUUGCAUACCCUUAUCUAUAUAACCUCUGGGGAAGGGCGCAGAGAGCAAAAAGGCAAGCUGUAGCCUGGGGCACGCACAGCUACUUAAAGACUCCUGGCACCAAUUACACAGCGGAGAGGUUCUGAUGGCCGGGAUGUGUUUAAACGGGGGGAAGUGAUCAGUCUGUGCAUUCAGGAGUGGGGGCUUUUGGUCUGUUUCUAAUCUGGCAUCUUUAAAGCUUCUACAACACAAAGUGCUAGUGGCUUUUUUGAGGACUGCGUGGUAGGAUCUCAGAGGCUAUGUCUCCUGGUCUCACAUUGUCCAGAGCGGAACUAAGCUCUGUGCUGCUGUGUCUCCUGGUCGCAGGGUGCCUGGCUGAGAUGGUCAGCUACCACACGUACGAGGAAGAUGCCCCCGGUACAGUCAUUGGUGUCCUGUUGGACGAUUUGCAGUCCCGCUCUGGGGACAGACCCCUGGGCAGUUUCCGCCUGAUGGAGCAGUUCAGCAACAGCUCGCUGGUCCGGGUGCGGGAGGGGGACGGGCAGCUGAGCAUCGGCGAGGAAGGGAUCGACCGGGAGCGGCUGUGCGGCCAGUCCCUCCAGUGCGUCCUGGCUUUCGACGUGGUGAGCUUGUGGCAGGAGCAGUACCGGCUGGUGCACGUGGAGCUGGAGGUGCGGGACAUCAACGACAACGCGCCGCGCUUCCCCCAGGCGCACAUCCCGCUCGAGGUGUCCGAGAGCGCCGCGCCCGGCACCCGCCUGCCGCUGGAGAUCGCCGUGGACCCGGACGUGGGCUCCAACGCCAUCCAGAGCUUCCAGCUCUCGCGCAACAGCCACUUCGGCAUCGAGGCGCAGACGCGGGCGGACGGCGGGAAAAGCGCCGAGCUGGUGCUGCUGCAGGAGCUGGACCGCGAGACCCAGGCCGCCUACACCCUGGAGCUGGUGGCCCAGGACGGCGGCAGCCCGGCCCGCUCGGGCACGGCCACGGUGAGCGUCCGGGUGCUGGACGCCAACGACAACAGCCCGGCCUUCCCGCAGGGCUCGGUCACGGUGGAGCUGGGCGAGGACGCGCCGCGGGGCUCCCUGCUGCUGGACCUGGACGCGGCCGAUCCCGACGAGGGGCCCAACGGGGAGAUCGUCUACGGCUUCGGCAGCCAGGUGCCGGCCGAGGCGCGGCAGCUCUUCCGGCUGGACCCGCUCUCGGGCCGCCUGACGCUGGAGGGGCCGGUGGAUUACGAGCGGCAGCGGACCUACGAGCUGGACGUGCAGGCGCAGGACCGGGGCGCCAGCCCCCUGGCGGCCACGUGCAAAGUCAUCGUGCGCCUGGCCGACGUGAACGACAACGCGCCGGGCAUCAGCAUCAGCCCCCUGAGCGGCGCCCCCGCCGGCGCCGGGGUGGCCUACGUCAGCGAGGCGGCGGCGCGCGACAGCUUCGUGGCGCUGGUCAGCACCUCGGACAGGGACUCGGGCCCCAACGGGCAGGUGCGCUGCGCCCUCUACGGGCACGAGCACUUCGCGCUGCAGCGCGCCUACGCCGACAGCUACGUGCUCGUCACCGCCGCGCCGCUGGACCGCGAGCGCAUCCCCGAGUACAACCUGACCCUGGUGGCCGAGGACCUGGGCUCGCCGCCCUUCAAGACCAUCCGGCAGUACACGGUGCGCGUGAGCGACGAGAACGACAACGCGCCGCUCUUCUCCAAGCCCGUCUACGAGGUGGCGGUGCUGGAGAACAACCCGCCGGGCGCCUACCUCGCCACCGUGGUGGCCCGGGACCCCGACCUGGGCCGCAACGGGAAGGUCCUUUACCGGCUGCUGGAGACACAGAGCCCGGGCGGCGGGCCCCGGUCCGCGCUGGUCUCCGUGGAUCCCCACAGCGGGUCCGUCCGCGCCCGGCAGCCCCUGGACUGCGAGGAGCUGCCGCUGGUGGAGGUGGAGAUCGAAGCCUGCGACGGGGGCGCCCCGCAGCUGUGCCAGCGGGCCCGCCUCAGGCUCCGGGUGGUGGAUCAGAACGAUAACGCCCCGGUCAUCACCUCCCCGCCGCUGGCCAAUGGCUCCGCCGAGCUGCCACUGCCCGUCAGCGCCCCCGCCGGGUACCUGAUCGCCCGCUUCGCGGCCAGCGACGCGGACCAAGGCGCGAACUCCGAGCUCUCCUUCUCCCUCCUGGGCGGCGCUCACCCGCUGGUCGCCCUGAACCGGGACACCGGGGAGCUGGCCCUGCGGAGGAGGCUGCCCGGAGGGGCCUCGGAAGCGGCCUUCCCGCUUGUCGUCGCUGUCCACGACGGCGGGAGGCCGUCGCUGUCCUGCACAGCCGCCGUUCGGCUCUUUCCCACGGACACACUCCCCUCUAGCGUGGAGAUCGUGGUCGUACAGCCCUCGGCGGAGGAGCUGCAGCCCAGCCUGGACUUUUCCGUGGUCCUCAUUGCUGUGCUGGCCGGAGGCUGCGGCUUGCUGCUGAUCGCUAUCAUCGCCGUGGCCUCCACCUGCAGGAGGAGCAAGAGUCACUUCCAACCUGGGACCGAAAAGCAGGGGAGAGGCAAAGAAGCCAGGCUGCAGAAGGGCUCAGGCUCCCAGGCAGGGAGCUCCUAUCCGGGCCAGGCAGACUCCUGCCAGCUCUCUGUUACAGCCGAGUCUGAUAACUCCAGUGACACUUCCCAGGCCGAGGACAGCAGCAGAGAGUCCUUGUGUCAUUCUGCCCAAGAGAGGAAAGCCAGGAGCAGAGACUCCCAGGGUCAAAUUCUUGUUCCUUUUCAUCCCCCGUCUCUUUGGCAGGAGCGAGAAUCUGCUUCAAGUUUAAGCUCCCAUUCAACUCCUGAUCAGUUUAGUGUGAAAGACAGUGGGAAAGGAGAUAGCGAGUUUAAUGAUAGUGAUUCUGAUAUCAAUGGGGAGGGGUUAAAGAAGCCACCUUCACAGUCAGCUGAAAAGAAAGUUGGUACUGCAGCCUGUACAGAUGGACGGACUUACAAGGAAACAGAAAGAUAUUGUAGAUUUUAUGUCCACCAGUCCCAAACAAGCAAAACCAUCCCAUUGCAUUAUGAAAAUGAUUAUACGAUUGCAUAUUCUACACCAAUUUAUCAGCCCAUCCUUCAGCUCGGGAAGCCCAAUUUUCUUCCACAACAGCCAAAGCUGAAAGAGUAUCAAGUUAAUAUUCCUAAAACUGAAAGACUACAAAGUGUAUAUGAAAGAGUUCUAAGUGGUGGGUCAGCAGUGCCACCAACCACUCUGUCAAGACAAUAUAAAGGACUAAAUCACCCUCCACAGAACACUUUACUCCCAAAUGCCUCUGAAGUAGCAACGUCAGUCUGACAUAGCAAUGUAAAGACAUCCAAAACUGUCAUAGGAAUGGACUAAAUGUGUUCGUGUUUAUGUGUAAAUGUUACCAGCUGAGAUGUGUAAAUGAAAUCCCACCCAAAAAUCAAAUAUAACUUUAAAUUAUGGCAAAAGCAAUCAAUGUCUAGACAAAUCAUCCUUCUAAAUUUGUCCUUUAUAUUUACCAAAGAGUCAAAAUAAAAAAAAAUCAUAUUAAAGGACAUAGUUACUGCUGCUAAAGAAGAAUGGGGGAAAGCAAAGAUUUAUGUUUUAUAUUGAAACAGUUAAUGUAAAUAAAAAGUGUAGAUCUAGAUGUACAUUUAAAAGCUAAA